AUGGAUACAAGUCCAAAGCAAAGAAGGAAAACAAACCCCAGACUAAAAGCUAAUCUUUUCUCCAUAUUAACUUUUGGAUGGACAGUAGAAACCUUUAUGGUUGGAUACAGCCGGGAUAUUAAGGAAAGUGACUUAUAUGAACCUUUACCAGAACACCGAUCGGAUAUAACCGGUAACACAAUUCAGAGAUCAUGGGAUAUAGAGGUAAAAAGAUGUCAAGAAUCCCAAAAUGAUAGAAAACCUAGUCUAUUGACAGUUUUGGUCAAAGUUUUCGGAGCGGAACUUAUGCUGUACGGCUUGAUAUUGGCCGCUAUGGAAUUUAUUAUCAGAUUACAGCAGCCUUUAUUUCUAGGAUUACUGCUCAAAUACUAUAGUCCCGCGCAAGAUUUAUACAACUCUACAGCAAAUUCAACGUAUCUGUCACGUUUGUACUCAUAUUACGAAACGUCGAGCGGAGUCAGCUGGGGCGAGGCAGUGUUCUUCUCAUUCGGUGUCGUGUUCUGCAGCAUGGUAAACGUGAUGGUGCAGCAUCCCUUUAUGAUGGGAGUGAUGCACAUCGGGAUGAAAAUGCGCGUGGGCAUCUGUAGCCUUAUUUACAGAAAGGCCUUAAAAGUAAGCCUUCAAGCGAUGUCUGAAACUCGAGGAGGUCUAGUUGUUAAUCUAAUGGCUAAUGACGUGAAUAGAUUCGAUACUGGCCCUUUAUUUGUUCAUUACCUUUGGAUUGGACCGCUGGAGACCGCUCUUAUGACGAUAUAUUUGUAUCGAGAAAUGGGUAUGUCAGCGGUGUACGGAGUCUUCGUUGUGUUUGCUGUAGUUCCCUUUCAAAUAUUCUUGGGCACCCAAACCGCUUAUUACAGACGGAAUACAGCGACAAAGUCGGACGAAAGAGUUCGUUUAAUGGAGGAAAUUGUGAUGGGAAUGGAAGUGAUCAAAAUGUACACUUGGGAGCAGCCAUUUCGAAAAAUAAUAGACAUCGUCCGACGGUAUGACUUAGCACCGCUCUGA